AUGGAUGAAACAUUAAUCAGCACCAUUAAUAAGUUACAGGACGCGUUGGCGCCAUUGGGGGGAGGGUCACAGUCGCCAGUCGACUUGCCACAAAUCACCGUCGUGGGAUCGCAGUCCUCCGGUAAGUCCUCCGUCUUGGAAAACAUUGUUGGAAGAGACUUCCUCCCUCGAGGAACGGGUAUUGUUACCAGGAGACCGUUGGUGUUACAAUUGGUCAACAGAAGAGCCGCGAAGAAGAGCGGUAACGAGUUGCUCAACAUCAGCACGACCGAAGCGGAUGGCUCCAAGUCGGAAAACAACGCCGAUGAAUGGGGUGAGUUCUUGCACUUGCCGGGCAAGAAGUUCUACAACUUUGACGAGAUCAGGCAGGAGAUUGUCAGGGAAACGGAUGCCAAAACCGGAACCAACUUGGGGAUUUCCGCCGUGCCAAUCAACUUGAGAAUCUACUCGCCCCACGUGUUGACCCUCACGUUGGUUGAUUUGCCGGGCUUAACCAAGGUUCCGGUUGGUGACCAGCCAAAAGAUAUCGAAAAGCAGAUCAGAGACAUGCUCAUGAAGUUCAUCUCCAAGCCAAACGCCAUCAUUCUCUCCGUCAACGCCGCCAACACCGACUUGGCCAACUCUGAUGGCUUGAAGUUAGCCAGAGAGGUUGACCCAGAGGGCUCCAGAACCAUUGGGGUUUUGACCAAGGUUGAUUUGAUGGACCAGGGUACCGAUGUGAUUGAUAUCUUGGCGGGCAGGGUCAUUCCGUUGAGAUUCGGCUACGUGCCGGUCAUCAAUAGGGGGCAGAAGGAUAUCGAGCGCAAGAAAACGAUCAGAGAUGCGUUAGAAGAUGAAAAGAACUACUUCGAGAACCAUCCGUCGUACGGCUCCAAGUCCCACUUCUGCGGUACCCCGUACCUCGCCAAGAAGUUGAACACCAUCUUGUUGCACCACAUCAGAGCCACCUUGCCAGAUAUCAAGAUGAGGAUCGAGGCCUCCUUGAAAAAGUACGUCCAGGAGUUGGCCAGCUUGGGACCCGAAAUUGCCGACUCUCCAAGCUCCGUCAUCUUGAACAUCAUCACCGACUUUUCCAAAGAUUUUAACGGGAUCUUGGACGGUGAGACCAGGGAGUUGACCUCCCAGGAGUUGAGCGGUGGUGCCAGAAUCUCCUUUGUCUUCCACGAGAUCUACAAGAAUGGUAUCCAGUCCUUGGAUCCGUUUGACCAGAUCAAGGAUGGUGACAUCAGAACCAUCAUGUACAACUCUUCCGGUGCCGCUCCAUCCUUGUUUGUGGGUACCCAGGCCUUUGAGGUUUUGGUCAAGCAGCAGAUCAAGCGCUUUGAGGAGCCAUCCUUGCGCUGUGUGACCUUGAUCUUUGAUGAGUUGGUGAGAAUCUUGGCCCAGAUCUUGGCCCAGCCACAGUAUUCCAGAUACCCGGCGUUAAAGGACCAGCUCUCCCAAGCGUUUAUUGAGUUCUUGAGAAAGGCCAUCAUCCCAACCAACGCCUUUGUCACCGACAUUAUCGAGGCUGAGGAAACUUACAUCAACACCGCCCACCCAGACUUGUUGAAGGGCACCCAGGCUAUGACCAUCGUGGAGGACAGACUCCACCCGAAGAAGCAAAUUCAGCUCGACCCUAAGACCGGCAAGCCGUUGCCAAACCAGCAAGUCCAGCAGGUCCAACAGCCUCAAGCGAACGCUACCACAGGCGAGGAGGAAAAGUCUGGCGGCUUCUUCGGUGGCUUCUUUGCCUCCAAGAACAAGAAGAGGUUGGCGUCGAUGGAGGCUCCUCCUCCAGUGUUGAGAGCCACCGGGCAAAUGACAGAAAGAGAGACCCAGGAAACUGAGGUCAUCAAGUUGUUGAUCUCCUCCUACUUCAACAUUGUCAAGAGAACCGUUUCCGAUAUCAUCCCGAAGUCGAUCAUGUUGAAGUUGAUCAUCAGAUCCAAGAACGAGAUUCAAAAGGUAUUGUUAGAGCAGUUGUAUGCCAACAAGGAUGUAGCUGAUCUUGUCAAGGAGAACGAGGUGACCGUGCAGAGGAGAAAGGAGUGUGCCAAGAUGGUGGAGGUUUUGAGAAACGCCAGCGAGAUUGUCUCUAGUGUUUAG